AUGAAGCAGAGACGGAAAAAGAUCAAAAGUGAAGAAAAGAGUCCAUACUUUAAAAAAGAAUCAAUAUCAAAUGUAGCAAGUCCAUACUUUCAAAAUGUAGUCAAAUUUGAAGAUACGAAUAAUACAGUUUCAAAAUACUUUAUAUCUACAAAAAAGUCUUUUAUAAAGUCAGAAGGGAGUGAACGAAAAAUUCCUUUGAAAGAGGAGGAUUGGGAAGAAAAAAAGCUUUUCACCGAGAAUUCGGUUUUAAUUACAAAAAAUAGGAAAACCAUUUCUUAUGAUAUUGAAACUCUUGCGAAUAUGAAACCUAUUGUAUAUGUUCCAAAAUUUGUACCAAUGAGUUCACCAUAUAACCUUGUACAGGAAACUCUAUAUUAUGAUCCUUGGAAACUUCUUGUAGCAACAACAUUUUUAAAUCGUACGAAAGGUACUCAAGCAUUUCCAAUUAUGUGGAAAUUUUUGGAAGAAUAUUCAACACCACAAAAAACAAUUAAGGUCGGUGCUACCAAAAUAGCGGAUUUAUUACAUCCUCUCGGAUUACAAAACAUUCGUGCUGAACGAUUAAUUAAAUUUUCACUCACAUAUUUGGCCAACCCUGAUUUUUCCACUCCCAAAGAAUUAUUCGGAAUGGGUCAAUAUGCUGAAGAUAGUUGGCGUUUAUUUUGUGGUGAAGAGGAUGAUGCUUGGAUGGAGGGUUCUGGAUUGGAACCCACAGAUAAAAUGUUAAAAAUGUAUAUAAAUUGGCGUAGAGUAGUACAUAAAGGAUAUCUUAAAGAUAAUGAAAUGUCUAUUGACGAUACGAAGAGAGAAGAACAUAGUGCCUAA